AACUUGUAAGGCUUGGAUUCACUUUUCUUCUCGGCCGCCAGCUUUUUCUUGUCAUCUCAUUGUUAGGUACAUCGUUCGCGUCUCGGAUUUUCAACUUUCGAGUCCGAAGCAUAGAUUUUGCUUUUCUUUCUUUCUGGGAUACCACUUACAGUUUAUGUGAAUUCGCUGGAUUUUAUUCUUGUUUUUGUAAGAAAGAUCCGGCUUUUCAUCCCACUUCGCUAGUUGCAUAAUUGGUUUUAAGGUUUCAACCUUGUCUUGUUUCGUUUUCUGGAUUCUGUCUUCCACCUUUCUCUUGCCGCUUCAUUGGUUUUCGGGCUGUUGUUCAAGAUUUGACCACCUGAGAUUCAUCUAUCUCAAGGCUGUACAUAGCGGUCAAGCUUGAAUCUCCUCAAUACUUUGAGUUUAACAGAGUUGUUGAGCUGUUCUAAAGUUUCCAAAACUUGAGCUCCUGUUCUGCUGAAAAUGACUAUCAGAGGGGAUGCACCUAAAACAGAGAAGAAGAAAUCACGAAAGAGCAAAGCAAUUGUUGAUGAGAAAGCACCCUUAUUACCCAAAAGUAAAGAGGAAAAUGCUGGGUUUGAUGAUUUUGAUGGGGCCUCAUUUUCUGGGGCUGUUUUCAACUUAUCAACCACAAUUGUUGGUGCGGGGAUCAUGGCUUUGCCGGCAACCUUGAGACAACUGGGGAUGGUGGCUGGGAUUGCUGCGAUAAUCUUCAUGGCUUUCUUGACUGAGAAGUCGAUUGAGCUUUUGCUCAGGUUUACCAGGGCAGGGAAGGUGGUAUCUUAUGGAGGACUAAUGGGAGAUGCCUUUGGAAAGUAUGGAAGAGCUCUGGUGCAGAUCUGUAUUGUAGUCAACAACAUCGGUAUGCUGAUUGUGUACAUGAUUAUAAUAGGUGACGUGCUUUCUGGGACAUCAGCAAGUGGAGAUCACCAUGCCGGUAUCCUUGAAGGAUGGUUUGGUGAACACUGGUGGACUGGGCGUACAUUGGUUCUUCUGUCUACAACGCUUGCUGUAUUUGCACCUUUAGCCAGCUUCAAAAGAAUUGAUUCUUUGAGAUUCACAUCAGCCCUGUCAGUUGGACUGGCCGUUGUCUUUCUUGUCAUUGCUGUGGGAAUUUCGAUUGUCAAAAUUAUAAUUGGAGGAAUUGAAAUGCCCAAACUCUUCCCAGUCAUUACCAAUAUGUCGUCAUUUCUCAACCUGUUCACUGUAGUUCCCGUGCUUGUCACUGCCUAUAUCUGCCAUUACAAUGUUCACAGCAUAGACAAUGAACUUGAAGACUCUUCACAGAUGCAAGGAGUUGUACGGUCUGCCCUCGGUCUAUGCACUGCAGUGUAUCUCAUGACAAGCUUCUUUGGGUUUUUAUUAUUUGGUGAUGGAACUCUCGAUGAUGUGCUUGCCAACUUUGAUACUAAUCUUGGAAUUCCUUUUGGUUCUGUGCUGAAUGAUGCUGUUCGUUUUAGCUAUGCUGCACAUCUCAUGCUUGUAUUUCCAGUUGUGUUUUAUCCACUGCGGCUCAACAUAGAUGGUCUCCUGUUUCCGUCAUCAAGGCCUUUGGUUCAAGAUAACUUUAGAUUUGCGUCAAUCACUAUAGCCCUUAUUGUAUCUAUCUUCCUAGGAGCAAAUUUCAUACCCAGCAUCUGGGAUGCUUUUCAGUUCACUGGUGCAACAGCUGCAGUUUGUCUUGGAUUCAUAUUUCCUGCCGCCAUUACUUUAAGGGACCAGUACAAUAUUGCAACAAAAACAGACAAAAUCCUUUCUGUCCUUAUGAUUGUUUUGGCAGUCUUCUCAAACGUCGUGGCAAUAUACAGUGAUGCCUAUGCCUUGAUAAAGAAGAAUCACACAUCCCGUGAAUGA